GACGUAAAACUUGCAUCUUCCCUAUAUAAACAGCACCUCAACACGCAAAACUUGUAACCCUUAUCAACAUACGUGUCCAUAGGCCCAUAGCUAGCUAGGUUUUCAACCAAAUCCUUCUAAUAAAGUUCCAUACGUACACACGUGUGGGAAAGUAGCGCGCCCAGACACACGCAUGAUGGCUCCUCCGCCGCUGCUUCUGUCCGCGGCGCCCGCUGGUGCCGCGGCGUCAUCAUCGGCUCGUCCAGGAUCGUCGUUGCAGCAGACGCAGCGCCAAGGUCCCUGCGACGGCGGCCGGCAACGGCGGCUCGAGUCCCUGCGCCUGCGCCGCGUCUUCGACCUGUUCGACCGCGACGGCGACGGCGUCAUCACGCCCACCGAGCUCUCCGGCGCGCUGGGCAGGCUCGGCCUCGCCCUGGACCACGCCGCUGUUCCGGCGCCACCAGCGCCGGCGCAGACCGCUCCCGCUGGCACGGGCGCGCUUGAAGCCGUCGUCGCGCCGUACGUCGCGCCAGGCAUGACGGGGCUGCGGUUCCAGGACUUUGAGGCGCUCCAUGCCGAGCUCGCCGGCGACCAUGGCGACGGCAAGGAGGAGGAGGAGAUGAGGGAGGCGUUCUCGGUGUUCGACGAGAACGGCGACGGGUACAUCUCUGCGACCGAGCUGCAGGCCGUUCUGGCGCGGAUGGGGCUGCCUGAGGCCGGGUGCAUGGCUCGGGUGCGCGACAUGAUCGCCGCCGCCGACCGGGAUAGCGACGGGCGCGUCGACUUCGACGAGUUCAAGGCCAUGAUGGCCGGUGGUACAGCUACAGAUAUCUAGUCGUGAUGAAUUGGCAUUUUUUUGUGUCAAAAUUGAAACUAGUCAGUAGGGUCGUGUAUAUAGGUGUAGACAUGGUGGGUUUCUGCCAAUCGCCAAUUUGGCACUUUGAGGUUUUUCUCGGUUUUCCUCAUUUAUUAUUUGUGGUGUGGAAUGUGGAUAUUUUUGUAAUAGUUUGUCCGUAGGUUACAACUAAACUAUUGCUUCAAGAGCACUGUUACACAGAAAUAGUACAUUUGAAUUGGUCGAAUGAAUAUAUAUUUCGCCAUCGUUUUGUAUCAA